UGCAAAUGUCUAGUCUGUGGUAGCUCUAAGACUAAGACCUUGAUUGUUCUCGCACGAUUAUCCGACAAAAAUACGGGAUACUCCAAGUCCAAGAGUAAAAUAGAGAAUGGCGAAGAAUGGAGUUGAAAUCUUCAAUUAGACGAAGUGCGUUAAAUAUAUAUUUCUGAAAAUCGUGCGCCUUUACGUGCGUUAUUAUUGACAAUAAAGAACUCUUUAAUUGAAAACAAAAUGUUUUGCCAGAUUCCAAUAUCAGUGAAAACAUUUAAAUGGUUGGUAUCCGCUUCAAGCAAACACAUCUUAGAUGCACAAUGAAAGUAUCGCUACAUCUUCGUUGUAGACCGUCCUCUCACAAUAUAUACAUACUCCUUGGUAUAUCCCUGUUGUAUAUCAUUGCUAAUGGCUCCACACAAUCCUCUGAUGAUACUACAAAAGAAACCUCAUGUCAAAGUAAGGAUGAUUCACAAUUUAAUAUCAAUCUGAAUUUACAAAGACAAACGAGAGAUGUGGUAAUGAUGAAACAUCUGCCAAGAAUUGAUCCUGUCAAGGUUAGAUUGCCAAUCUUUCUGUAACUUCGCCAGUUCCUUUUGAUCACCUUUUCCCAACUUUCACGAUAUAGUAUUAUAUUUAGUGACGCGUAUAAGUUAUACCAUACAGUGUUUUAUGAGCUUAUGGGGGGGGGGGGCUUAUAAUAGGAGGUUUACGGUACUGACGUAAAACUGCAGGUGUAUAGUUUCGGCGCAAUCAUAGGCGUAACGAUAUGAAGAGGAUAGUAACAUGUACAAGCAAAUACAUUGUUCAUGCAAUGGUCGCGGCACUACCCACUUGCCCAUGUAUAAUCGAAGCAGCUUUUCAAUUUAUAAAUAUCUAGAAAGGCACUGCCUCUUGAGGAAUUAUAUAAAUUUAAUAUUUUCUUAUUCUUACGUAAUCAGGUUGACUAUACACGAAAUGUUCAAAUCGUUCCUGGCAAGACGCAUCAAAUGCGAACAUUGGCAUUAAAUCCACCAAUAUUUGGUAAGAUUUGCAAUAUCCUGACGUUCACGUGCUAAAAAACGUCGCCUAUAUAUUGGAUUUAACAAGCGAAAACGCGUAUUUGAAAGCAUAGUUGGGCGGAAAACGGUCCAACAAUCAUUAUUAUAUACAGUCGAGUUUAUAAAAUGGAAAAAUAUGUUUUGAAGCAAACAAAAUUCAAAGCCCUUUGUAUCUUUUAUCCUCCACAUUCCUAUUUUGGCUGAAUCUUUCCUUGAGGGAAAAAGCACAAUUGCUAAGAGACGGAAUCAAAUGAACUGCGGAUAGUCCAUUUUGGCACACACUUGUAAUAUAAUUGUUGUUCUUCUUUUUUCACUAGUAAAUGGUUACUGUAAAAACUUAAUUGCCCUAAAAUUAUCACUUCAGUUAUCUAUAUAGAGAGGUCGCAAAUUUCAGAUAGCUUGGAAAGUGCAUAAAGCACCCGAAAAAACAACCUAUAUAUGUACUGAACAUAAUUUUACGUAUAAUUGAUUGUGGUAUGAUUAUUCUUAGAAGUGAAAGAUUUCCUUACUGAUGAAGAGUGUGAUAUAAUCAUUCACAUUGCGAAAUACAAUGGUCUGGAGUCGAGCCGCACAGUCAGAACAUUGGAGCACCGUCGUGUACCACGAGAGAAAAUAAUUGGACUUUUUGAAUCUUUUGAUAUGGAUUAUGAUGGAUAUUUAGAAAAAUUCGAG